AUGUAUUUUAGGCUCCUAUCACUGGUAUGGGAGGAAUUGGCAAGACCACACUUGCUCAAUUGGCAUAAUGCUACUGCUGAUCAUUUUCAAAUCAAAAUGUCCCGAAAAUCGAACGAGAGGGAGAUUUUUGGAGACCUUUUGGAACCCGAUGUAGACCGCCUAUCAAGCUUGAAUGUCACUAAACAUCGCCUAAAAGAGAGACUCAUGGUGGGGAAAUGCCUGAUAGUACUCGAUGAUGUGUGGACUAAUCAUGGCAUCGGCGUAGAUGAGUUACUGAAAGAUAUUUUGUCUAUGAGCUGUGAAGGAAGUAAAAUUCUUAUGACCAUGCGGAGUACUGAAGAUAUUCCUCCGAUGACUGAUCGUCGAUACAUCAUCUACCAAUUACAAGGUUUGCAUGAAGAUGAUUGUUGGUCUAUAAUUAAGAACAUCGCAUUUGGACAUGGAGGUGCAAAGGAGACUACAAAUCUAAUCAACAUAGGGAAGCAAAUUUCAAGCAAGUGUGGAGGUCUUCCUCUAUCUACUCUAGAAAUGAUGAAGAAGAAUGGUUAUCUAUCUUGA